GUAAUAGAAUUUGUCUUUUAAUUUUUUAUUUGCACUAAGGUAAAUAUCAUGCUAGAAGUCUAAUGGCACAAAAUAGAUCACCCUCUUAAAUAAGUAAUCUCCAUUUCCAGUAUUUAUUGAACCUAGAAAAGAUGAUUAAGGAUAUAGACUCUCAUUCAUCUGGCCAACUUGUGUGUUGUGGUUGAAGUGUUGGAGUCAUCUAAAAAGUAAGCCCACAUACUUUUUUUUUGGUCAAUGUUUCGUUUUUGGUCGAUGAGCCCGCAUACUUAAACAGUUAAACGAAGGCGAGCCCAUUAGGCCCGUUUAUGUGGAAUUGGAGUUGGGCUGAUGAAGCCCGUUUCGGAAAAUGUGGCGUGAAGAGAUGAGACGAAGCGAGUGGACAGAGGAGUGAGGAGGAAGAUGUACGACAUGAAGAUGGCAGCAGGUGGUGGUUCUACCAUCGGGUUGCCUUCUUCAUCACUUGUUGGUAGAUCCCCAAAGUUUAUGUUCCGUCCGUCCUCAAGUUUUCAAUCUCACUUGGCUUCUCCCCCCUAUGAACGAAAACUCAACAGUUACAGUUACAGCUACAGCUACUGGGUUUGCAGGACGAAGAGAGGAAGAGGGAUGUUGAGGGGGUUGCCGUUCCCCGUAGAUCCAUGGGCGCCCUCCAUUGACUCACAGAGCAUUGCUUCCCAGCUGUUCGCAUUCUCCCUCUUCCCAUACAUAGCCUUUCUCUACUUCAUUACCAAGUCCAAGACUUCCCCUAACCUCACCCUCUUCGGCUUCUACUUCUUGCUCGCCUUCGUCGGAGCCACUAUACCAGCUGGGAUUUACGCAAAGGUGCAGUAUGGGACUUCACUCUCCAACGUGGAUUGGUUGCAUGGCGGGGCUGAGUCGCUUCUCACUCUAACUAACUUGUUCAUUGUCUUGGGACUCCGACAGGCUCUCAGGAGCGCAUCCAAAUCCAAUUCUCAACAAAACACGCCAGAUUUCAAAGAUAACAAAAGUCGCUUCGAGGACCUUUGAUAUGCUUCAACCCUCUUGGCAUUAAAGAAAUAUGCUGAUUUGUACCAUUCUGCAUAUAUUGAUAUAAAUCUUCAACUUUCCCAAGCUCUCUUCGACUUUCCAUAUUUUUAUAUUUAAAAAAUAGAUAAAUUGAGAUAAUGUAAUCAUGUAACUUAAUUUGCCCUAUUUAAUCAUUCAGUAUCCAUCCCCUUGUGCAAA